ACAUGUAUGCGGCGAUCGCAGUUUGAGUAUAGUAGUGCCACUGCCGCAUAGCUGCGCGCAACCUUACCUUAUUUGCUCGUCGCGUUUCUCCCCAACUUCAGCAACGACUUAAGCCCUCCUCAAUAUAAGAGAGCCCGUCGAAACAAAGAGAUGUUCGCCCUGGUGGUAGUCACCACCCUGGUGAGCCAAUCGCUGGCCGCGCCAUCAAACUGCGGCACCGCAUCGGUAUGUGAUUCGUAUUCCGGUCGUCAAACACUGCCCGGAUCCAGUCAAACUAAAGGUGGCUACAGUAGCUAUUCAAAAUGGGGCAGCAGUAGCAGUUGGUCAUCAGGACCCUUAGUGGGUGGCACGUCCAGUCCAUCGGCCAAUCUCGAAACGUUCGACGACGGCAACUUGAUCGGCACAGGAGGCCUAAACCGCCCGGGUAGCUGGAGGGACGAGAAAAGUUACGUAACCGACGACCGUAAAGGCAAGAUCGACUACAAGGCUAGUCAAGAAAUCACCGGCAACAGCUACAGAAAAUCAGCCGAGUCGAGUUACAGCUGGGGUACCCACGACUACAAUGAGCCCAAAGCCAACAGUCAGUUUAUCCACAGUAGUCAAUUCGAUGGACAGAUCCGAGACGUGGAGAGGGACAUGGAAGCGUUCAUCGGUCAAUUCUCAUUCGGCGCUGGCAGCACCGUCAACCAGCAAACGUUGGAAAGUUUCAGAAGACAAGCGGAUCAGCUGAGCAGACAAGUGACCGGCUUGUGCGACCAGGCUGACGUGAACAGCGAGCAGUAUCGCCAAUUGCAACGUAUCAAGCAAAACUUCGACCGACAGGUGCAGUUGAAACAACAAGAGAUCAUGAACUUCGCGGUCGAGAGUAAGCACAGCAUCAGCGGUAGCAUUGGCAGCAGUAGCGUGGGUGCUUCAUACGAGCAACCACAGCCGCACUACUCGACUGUACCGGUUUACCCGGAGCCAAUUUACCAAGCACCCGUCACGGCCAAUCCAGUGGAGAUACAACGAGAAAGGGUCCAACAAGAGUGCAAUAAGUUGCGCGCCAACAUCGACAGCUUCUACAAUAACUUCGUCACCGCAGACUACAGCACCUACGAUCGCGAGGAUACUCUGACGACAUUCCGAGCACAGGUGAACGCUCAAGUUGCGACCAUCAAUCAGCAAAUCGCCAAUCUAAGGGUGGAGAGCGCCAACUUCGAGUACCAGCGUAAUUUCGUCGAGGAGAUGAACAGAACGUUCGAGUCGUACGUGACCAACUUGAAUCAGCACAUCAAGGACUGCGAGGACAGAAUUCGCGCCGAGCAGCUUAGGUUAAUCAAGGAGCAAGAGAGAAUACAAAAAGAGAAACUAGAGCGAGAGAGAUUGGAAGCCGACCGUAGGUAUCAGGAGAAUUUGCUGAAAAUUCAAGAGCAGCACGACCGAGAGCAAAGGGAAUUCGAAGAGCGCCAGAGACUCGAGGUUGAGAGGUUGGAAAAAAAGAAGAUCGAAGCUGAAUUGGAGUGGGAGCGCAAGAAAGAGAAGGCCGAGAGAGUGACGUACCAACCACGACCACAGCCAUCCUUGCCGCAAGUUCAACUUCCAGUACAAACCGUCGCGCCCAAUGUCGAGGUUGCACAGAAUGGCGGCUGGUCGCACAAAGUCGACGUGCAUAUCAGCGGCUCACAACACCACGAGGUUUCGGGCAGCGGAGUCGGCGGAGCCAGCAGCGGGCAGCAGAUCCAGUAUCAACCGGUUCAAAUUGGACCUCACAUCGAUUUCACCGAAAUCCAGAACAAAAUGAGCCAGGAAUUCAACCGACUGGUCAGCAGCGUCAACAGGCUGUCCAGUUACAGCAUGCAACUUACGGAGAGCAAUCAGCAAACCAUCAAUGCUCAAUUCCAACGCGAUGCUAACGAGCUGCGUCGUAAAAUUGAGAACUUGUGCCAGGAGAGUAGUCAGUACCACAACGAUCACGUCUUCAAAGCUGCCGAGGAUUUGAAACGAACUCUCGAACAAUCCUUCCAAUACUUCCAGCAGGAGUUAGCCAAAGUAUCGUCGUCGGGUAGUUUCCAAGACAGCUCGUCUUGGAACACUGGUAGCCGGUACACCAAUGUCAGACAACCACACAUCAGCAAUGUUGAGAUUAAUCACAGUAAAUCGACUGAAUUCGAACUCUCUCACGGAGGUCGCGGAAAUGCCGGUCAACAGCAGGUGGUCUGCGUCGAACAGUACGCCAAUCAACCAUGUAUCGAGCCUGUUCGAGUACGCCGCGAUGCUGGAGGAUACUACUCUCAACAACAUGAAUUCAACUUAGGCGAGUACACACCACGACAACGUCGUAAUCAGAGACGUCGUUAUGAAUUUGAAACUGAAGACUAUUCGCAGCAACACGUUGAUCCACAAAUUGAACUCAGCGAUUAUUCUCAACGUAUGACACAUACAGAAUUGCCUCGCAAUCGUCAAGAAUCCACCCGAAGUGACAGCUACAGAAAACGAGAUGACACGCAAAAUCAAAACUCACAGCUUGACGAAUUGACGCGACAAGAGAAUACUGAUCAUCAUUCGCAAAGAAGUCACUACAGUCCCUACAGUUCGAGAUAUGGUCAGCGAGAGACUGAGGAUUUAUCUCAACAGUACGUUCAGAGUGGUCAAAAUGAAGAUUUACAAUUAUAUCAGAAACCACGUAAUGGAAGGGCUCAGGAUGAGUCUCAGCAGUAUGUUCAGAGCGGUAAAAACGAAGAUUUACAAUCGUAUCAAAAGCCACAAAGAGAAAGAAUCCAAGUCACACCGAAAUCCGAAAGGUUGGAAGACUUUAGUGAGGAAAGUCUUUAUGUGGAUAAUCGUCAACGCGGAUCAUUACAAAAGACUCAACAGAUUGAAGCUGCUAACUUAGAACGUGAGCAAUCUUCAGCUUCUACAGGAAGAACGUUGCUUGAUCAGAGACUAGUAGUUGACGAGCCACAGGAUAUUGUGAAACCCAUUAUCAAACCCGGAAAACUAGGAUCUACACGUGACGUUAACGAUUAUAGUCUUGAGAAUAGUGGCUUCUAUGAUAAUCCCAAAUCCCAAGAAAACUCAAAGUUAAAUGACAAUCUGCAGCAGAGUUACCAAAGACCAAGUCAAACGCAAACCAUUGAAACGCAUGGAAAAUUGAGUGACGAAACACAAAAGCCACGUGGUUCGUCAAUUAGCCAGCUCACAUUAGAGAAUAGUGGUUUUGACGAUUAUCGAAAGCAAAAUGAACAAUACGCGAUAACUGAAAGUCCCACUGAACAAGUCACGACAUUCAAAAAUCUGGUAGGUUCUCAACAAUCCGAAAACUUGACGUUACAGAAAAGUGGUUUUUUUGAGAAUCCUGGACAAGAUCCAAAUUUAGAAAUGAUGGAAUCAUCAGAAUCUACAAGAAAUAAAGAUUUUGUCCAAAAUGACGAUAGGCAACAAUCGUUGGUAGGUAUGAAUUUCGGUUCGGAAAUUCAGCUGGGAAGAAGAUCAAAUUUGAGACCUGAAAGAAUCAACUCACAUAUUGGUGAUACACAACAAAAUCUAAUGGUACCAGCCCUUUCGACGGAAAAUAGCAAGUAUAGUCAGAGAGAACAUCCAAUGGAACAGUACAUACACAAUUUACCUCAACAGAAUAGACCACCAUCUCCCAAUAUCAUUGAUCUUGAACCUGAUGAACCUAAUAGUCAAUUUGUAAAUAAUAACAGUCAAGAUAAAGUUCUUUCGUCAGAAGAUCAACAAUCUUUAGUAACAGCAUAUCCUCCAGUCAAACCAGCUCCUAAACCAAUCCCAAGAUACACUAGACCAUGGCAAGUAAGUCAAAAUAGAAAUGAGCCACAUAAAUCAGAAAACGAAUAUUCGAAGCAGUCUGGAAAUCAGAACACAGUCUUAAAAUCUAGCAGUUCUCAAAAUUCAAAUGAAUCUAACAAACCACAUGGACUUUAUAGAGGUGAUUUGCCAGGCCAUUCAGAGUCUACAGCUGAACAACCUGUGUACAUUCCACCACAAAGUACACCUGUCCCUAAUGUAAAACUAAAUACUACAGCUCCAAUCACUGAGACACCUGGACAACCUGUUGAACCUGAAGUUUUAACACAAAAAACUCCAUGCAUAACCGAUAGAUGUCAAGAUAAUCAGUUUGAUGAAUUAAGUCAGACCUAUUACUACCGUCAACAACAUCAACAAAACAUAAGAUUCUCUCAGCAAUCUAUUCAUAGUAAUCAGCAAAAUCUGGAAAUGUUAGGCCAUCAACAUCAAAAUCCUUUUUACCAACAAAACAGUCAGGUUCAAUUUGAUAAACAAAUGAAUCCAGUUAAUUAUGCUCCAAAAAAUGGAUAUACUUUUAGGUACAGAGAUCAACAAACAAAUCAUUUAAGUAUUAAUCAUCAAGGAUCAACUCAUUCUUUUGCAACAGAGCCUACAUCACUUGAGCAAAGAGAUUUAUUAGGAUUGAAUGAACAAGAAAGCUUGCAUCAACAGGUCCAAAACCCAUCUCUUGGCAAUUCAUCUGGUCAAAAAGAGUUUAGCCAACAUCACAGUACUUUUACUUAUAAUCAACAUAGUAAUUACUCACCAGAUGAUGGAUUUCCAGCAAGAGUUAUACCGUUAGGUAAGACACAAUCUAAAGAUAUAUGGGCUGAUAUAGAAUCGACUACACGACCAACAUUUUGGAAUAGAGUAGGUCAUAAGAUAUCAAAUGCAUACGAUAAAGUCAAAGAGAGUGCAAGGAUAGUCUAUGGUUGAGAUAACUGCUUAAUACCUUUGAAAAGAUAACAAAGUUGCACUCUCAAUGUAUUUGUAAUUUAUCAGCUUUGCAAUUUGAAUGCGUAUCUUUAUUCAUUUUCUUGUGUUUGUAACAAAUCAAGGAUGCUUUGACUUAUCAAAAUUGUAACUAAUGACCUAAUUUAAUUUGAUGAUAAAAAUUGUUAUUUUAAUGCUAAAUUUGUUAGAAACUUGUACAUGAACUCUAUUAUUGUUUUUCAUGUGCAUAGUGUUAAUCAUAAAAUUCUUAUAUAUGAAAAUCACAAAUAGUUUUAAUGUAUUCACUUAUUACAUACCUCUGGCAAGCUUUUGUAAAAUCGAACAAAUGUCUGUUGAGCUGUUACAUCUAAAAUUUAAUAAAUCAAAUCAUAAAAUAAAAAUUUUUUAUUUUAAAUAUAUAUAUUCGAAGGUUAUAUAUAA